CUCUCACCAUCGCAAGAAAACCUUAACCACCCCAUUUUAUACUUAAACACUAUCACGUUCUCGAAUACGCUUAACGUUAAGGAGCCGAUCCUAUUGUUCGAAAUCUAGUACAGCCUCAAAAUGCCUACCGAACAAAAGCAAAAUCAGGCCACCCCACCCUCUGAGCCUAAGGUUCAGCCCUGGAGAGCACAUUGGCCACCCAGUACGCCUGUCACCGUUGGCGAACAACACGGCUUCCAGAAGGGCGAAAAGAUUGAGCUGGAAGGGACCGCAUCUGGUGCACAUUUGACGUCACUGGAGAAGGAUGAUAAGUAAUGCGAAGAGUGCGCAGUCAGCUUCCGGACACCGCGGGCAACGAGCCUUGCAAUCGCGUCAUCUUAAGGAGGUCGAAUCGUGAAUUCAGUCGCAAUGUAUUUUGCGGUUCAUGUCUUGUUAUGAACUAUGAAGAAUAACGGAGAUCGGAUACCAUAGAGUAGGAUUGAUGAAACAUUCGUUCUCGUGAGACUUUACAGUCCAUAUCAGAAAGUCGUCGUGC